AUGCAGAUCUUCGUCAAGACCCUGACCGGCAAGACCAUCACCCUCGAGGUUGAGUCUUCUGACACUAUCGACAACCUUGAGGACGGCCGCACUCUCUCUGAUUACAACAUUCAGAAGGAGUCCACUCUUCAUCUUGUUCUCCGCCUCCGUGGUGGUAUGCAAAUUUUCGUCAAGACCCUCACUGGCAAGACCAUCACUCUCGAGGUCGAGUCGUCCGAUACCAUCGACAAUGUUAAGUCGAAGAUCCAGGACAAGGAGGGUAUCCCUCCUGACCAGCAGCGUCUGAUUUUUGCUGGAAAGCAACUGGAAGACGGCCGAACCCUUGCCGACUACAACAUCCAGAAGGAAUCUACCCUUCAUCUCGUCCUCCGCCUCCGUGGUGGUAUGCAAAUCUUCGUCAAGACCCUUACUGGAAAGACCAUUACUCUGGAAGUCGAGUCAUCCGAUACCAUUGAUAAUGUGAAGAGCAAGAUCCAGGACAAGGAGGGUAUUCCUCCGGAUCAACAGCGACUCAUCUUUGCUGGCAAGCAACUUGAGGAUGGCCGAACUCUUUCCGACUACAACAUCCAGAAGGAAUCUACUCUCCACUUGGUGCUCCGUCUUCGUGGUGGUAUGCAGAUUUUCGUGAAGACUCUGACUGGAAAGACCAUCACUCUUGAGGUUGAGUCUAGUGACACUAUCGACAACGUGAAGAGCAAGAUUCAGGAUAAGGAGGGUAUCCCCCCUGAUCAGCAGCGUCUUAUCUUCGCUGGUAAGCAGUUGGAAGAUGGUCGCACCUUGAGCGACUACAAUAUCCAGAAGGAGUCAACUCUCCACCUCGUUCUCCGACUUCGCGGUGGCCAGUAA